UUGGCAACUGAGGUCGAAACAACGCCCAGUGUCGCGAACCGCGAACGUGAUAUCAUAAGGUCGUGUAAGCCAGUAAUUUAGUUUCAUGCAGCCGUAUUAACUAUUAACGUUUUCUUGAAAGUUUCAUACCAAGUUUUACUUCUGUCAAUGGCAGAAUUAAAUUUUAAAGUGUUUCUUCGUCCACAUCCAGUACAAGAUGCUCCUGAGUCUGACCGAGCAGUAUUAACUCCUGACUACUCCCAAAAUUUGGUGCAGGACACAAUAUCCAACAGGACAUAUGAGCUGGAUGGUGUUUUUGACCCAUGCUGUGCCCAGAAGACGGUAUACGAGAAGGCUGUACAGCCUCUGGUGAAGGCUGUACUACAAGGCUACAAUGCAACUGUCCUUGCAUAUGGCCAGACAGGCUCUGGCAAGACCUUCACUAUGGGGACUGGUGGAGGUCUCCAGUCAAGACCUCAGGACCAAGGAAUACUCCAGAGAGCUCUGGCUGAUUUCUUGGAUGCAGCAGCAUCUGGUGAUGCAAUAGCAUAUGAGGAUAAGGCAACAUCUGGAGGCACUGAGCCACAGCAUAGAAGAAUUACUGAUGUUACCCCUACCAAAAUCUUUGCUACUAAUGGAAAUAAUGAAAUGGAAGGAACAGCAGAAAGUAAUAAUUUCAUUGAAAGACAUUCUUCAGAAGUGCUGAAUACAGAUGCCAUUGAGGGUGAUGGAUCUGGCUCCUGCAGGCAUAAGCAUGAUAUUCCUGAAUUACCUUCACAGCUGAUGACUGAUGAGAGUGGGAUGAAAAUAAAUACACCUAAAAUGAAUGCAACAACUUGCGUUCUGAAACAAGACAAGGCAAGGGCAAAGUUUUGCAUCAAGUUAUCAUUCUUGGAAGUGUACAAUGAAAAAGUGUACGAUUUAUUGACUUCUAAUCGCUCCCAACUGAUUAUCCGACCUGAUAUGACAGGAGGCAUGCAAGCCACAGGCUGCGUGGAGAAGUGUGUGAAGUGCGUGGAGAGUGCGGAGACUCUGCUAGCUGCAGCAACCCGACGACGCACCGUUGCCAAAACCAAUCUCAAUGUACACAGCUCACGCUCGCAUGCCCUUGUUGGAAUCAAGCUGUCGAGAGGGCAGCAAGGAUCGUCGGUGUUGUGGGUUGUGGACUUGGCUGGUAGUGAGAGCGUCGGUCGUCAGUAUCAGUGCGCUGCUGAUGCCGCUCAGGGCAGCAGCAAGAAGCUCUUCAAUGAGGGCGUGGCCAUCAAUAAAGGCUUGCUGGCUCUUGGCAAGGUGCUCUCUGCGAGAGCAUCCGGAAGUGGCCACGUCCCUUACAGAGAUUCGAUUCUAACUCAACUGCUGCGCGAGAGCCUCUGCGGCGACGCUUGUGCGGCUGUGAUAGCGUGCGCGCGUCUCGCACAUGUCAGCCAGACGCGCACAACUCUGCUCUACGCAGAACAGAUGCGCGACGUGCGCACGCGGCCUGUGCAACAGCUCAGCUCUGCGCGCAAGAUGCUGAAGCGUCGCUAUGAAGACCCUACAGCUACACCCAACCUUGCCUCCAAGCGCCUCCAUUUAAGGACUUCAGACUUAAAAGCCACACGUUCUGGCGCCUUGAGAAAUUCAUCUCUGAGUAUCAGGGGCACGCCUGGCCCUCUGGCGGUGGCUCACAACACAACCGUCAGCACACCUGGCCACACGCCCGCUGCCACUAGGGGCUCCUUGAAGGCCCUGGACUCUUCUUUCCAGCCUCGCUUCCGAGAGGAUCACAGCAUCGGUACGGCGAAGCGCUCUCCCCUCAUAUUCCCUUCACUGCAGCAGCCUCAGUUUGAGGAGGAGCACUCCCUCCCACUGGAAGAUCAAGCACCAGAUGCUCCCACUUCCCAGCUGCGUGCGUCUUCCCCCUUACAGAACAACUUCCUUGGAUCGCCUUUAGAAGGAGUGGCUAAGCUGCCCCGUAGUGUUCUGCAAGCUGAUAUGUCCAGUUUCAUCAGUCCUUUGGUGCAUCAAGUGGAACGGCGCAUCAUGGACAAGCUGGAAGACUCUUUCAAUUUCUCAUUCAUAAGCCGCUUCACACGCAGUCGAGCUGUCAAGGAUGCCACGGCCUGCACAGGGAGUGAACAGGGAAGCCCUGACCUUGGUGCUGCUGUUCUCGAGGCGAUGUUCAGCACCCCUACCACGAGCGGGCGCCAGCGGCGACACUUCCAUGACGCUGUCGAGAAGAUGGUUGAGCGCGCUGUGCACAACUCUGUGGCAAAGCGCCCUAGAAGGAGCACGAGACUGUCAGUUCAAGAUGCAGAACCUUUGGAUACCCUUGCAGUUUCUAUGGACUCUUCUGAAAAUUCUCACAACUCGAAAACUAACGAUGGAUUUUUAGUGCCAACUUGCUUGCCUCCUGUAGCCAAAAAACGCGCCAAGAAACUUGCCCUGGAGUUUUUUCCCCAUACACCUCACGCUGUGACUCCCGGCAUGCUUGACAAAAAGUUAGAGUUGAGUGAAACUUACAAGCCUGCAUCAGAGACGGGAUGUGCACGAAGACGAUGUUCAUCUGGUGCGGCUAGUGAAGCUGGCUUGUCAGACUCAGCGUCAGUGGAGGCGGGAGCAGCAACGCCGUGUGAUGACUCUAUUCAUGACGGUCGUGUCUCUAGCACCACGGCAGAGCCUUCACGCCUCAAAAAAAAGACUAAAUAUGAAGAUCCAGUCAACGUUUCUAUCUUUGAUAGCGAUGAAUCUUCUCAUUCUAUCCUAAGCGAUAGCAAUGAAAAUCGGCAGACCGAUGUUAGUCAAGUUAGCUACGAUAUGAAAACUAUGAAUGAAUCUGUAGGUCUAAAACGGAAGCGUGGUCGACCGCGGAAGAAAAACCUUGAGUCUUGGGAAGAAAACGUGGACCAUCGUGCCUCUAUGAAAUCCAUGCAGAAUAGCUGGAACAGGUCUGUUCUGGGAGAUGUUUCCAAUACGAUUCAAUCUGAUUCGUUUUCAACGGACUUGAAUGAAACGGUAAUUGAUUCUUCAAUGUCGAAAACGGGUGGUAAGCUGAGUGCUACUUUGAGACAUAACAUCAUGAAUGAUAGUGAUUUUUUUGGAAAUGAAUCUUACCAACAAACGGAGACAUGUUUAUUCGAAAAUUCACUGAUGCCAGAGCCUCGCGUGAAGUUCAAUGUCACCUGCACUAACUGGACCACUAGGAAUCGGAAAAAGGAGGCAGAUGAACACCAACAAACGCAUCUUCAGGAUGAGACAGAUUUUUCUUGCACUAUGCGAAGAGCAAAACGGGUGGCAGCUGCCAAGACACUUAAUCAAACUUGUGUUGAUAUGAACUCGUCAAUGUGGCAUGCGGACAUCAGUCACAAUGCCUUUGAUGAUACUUUGAACACAACACGAAGUGGUUUGAGGCCCCGGCAGAAUAUUCGUAAACCUGCUCGUUUAACAUUUGAACCGGUAAUAGCAGUUAAUAAAGCGUCAAACUUGCGAUCGAAGAAAUCUUCUCAGAACAAAUUAAAUGCAACCACUUGCCUGAGCAAUAGCCGAGUCAAUGCAAGACGUGGAGAUAAGCUCAAUACAACAUCAAGCAACCGUAGGAAGAAGAUCCAGCAAGCUUCACUGGACGUGACUACGUGCACCGUCAGCCCCAGCGUAGUUAGGAGCCACGCUCAGCAUGUGCUGGCGAUCCUCAACUCAGGCGAUGAGAAGCGAAUACAGCAACUGCCCACCAUUGGACCAAAGUAUGCCACCAUUAUCUCCAACCACAGGAAAUUUUUCGGCGAUUUCAGCAGCAUAGAGGACGCCACGAGCAUCCCAGGCUUGCCCCGUACCAUAUGCCGCCGCUUUGUAAUUGCCAAUACAUUGCUCAACUGAGCAAGCCAUGUACCAAGCAUCACUUUCUGUUGUGUAUCUGGACAUUUGCUACAUCUGGACACAUCUUGACCGUAUGAGUGCAUGGUUUCCGCUCUUCUCGCUGUUUGGACUUGGCUUGGUUCAGCAGUGCCCCGGUGGCUGGUGCUGCCUGAGGCAGCCUGGCGGACGGCCGUUGACGAGUGCGACGGUUGUCUAGCUCUGUGGGCAUCUGGACUAUCUUUUUAUGUAAAUUGUUUACAUCUGAAAAUGUCUUCGUCUGUAAAAGGUGGACGUCUGGACAUUGUCCCCAUCUGUGCACAGAGUUUAUUGUGCAUUGUAAACUCGUGUAACGUCCAUGUUUCAAACUCAUUGCGCUCCUCAGGCGUCUUGGCUAGUUAAAUGUUCUUUAGUUUUUAUUAUCGUAAGUUCUACAAUCAAUAACUACGUGUUAAACAGCGGAAGCAAACUACACAUUAGUGUUAAUCGUUCUACAGUUGCGUACGUUCGACGGCUGCUCUCUGAUUUUUGCCGGUCUUCAUUUCCCAACGCUUUAUUUCGAGUAUCCGUAUUUUUUUGCUCUUAAUUUAGCUUGUCUGUAAUUUUUUGCCUGUUAUUUUGCUAAUUCACAUUUCUUUGCUCUUAAUUUUUCUCAUCCGCAUUUCCGCUUUUCCUUCUGCUCAUCUGUAUUUGUCUGCUCUUUAUUCAGAUCAUCCGUAUUUCUUGUUAUUUCCCUUCUUCAUUUCAUCUCGUUUAUAGCCUUUAUUUGCGUGCAAUGAAGAGGAGUUGAUAUUCAGUAAGUUUUAUAUGUGUAAGAUGGCCUAGUAACUGCUGGAAAAUUAUUUCUAAGGUAAAAGUAACAAGCCUUCUGACAAGCAUUUUGUGAUGAAUAUUCAAUGAUGAAUACUGCCAGAUGUGUUCUUUCAUAUCAAUUCUGUCAGUCUUGCCAGUUUCUGCUGCUUUCAAAUUCAGUUACCGUUUUUCAGUUUCAGUUUCCAUAGAACGCUUUAUUUUAAUCGCAGUUCUGCUUUUCGAGUCGUGCAAUCAAUAUUAAUUAUGGAUGAAAAGACUGCAAUUUAUUUUAAUGCAGAUAUCGGCCGAGGAUAUAACAUGUUGAAGUAUAAGUUGAUUUGAAGCGGUGAAAAUAGGGAUCUAGCAAAAUUCUUUAUGUUAACCUAACUUUAGUUUCUUGGUUGUCUUGAAUUUGUCUGCCGUUUAUUAUUGAAAUUUCAAGUU